AUGUCUUCACCUCCCGCCCCUAUCAACUUGGCCCCGUCCGCACCGACCCUCAAGCUGCUCAUCGACAAGAAGGCCAAUUGCGUCUUGUACGCGGAGGCCGGAAAGGAGGCUGUAGACUUCCUCUUUAGCCUCCUAGCGAUGCCCAUAGGCACUGUAGCCAAGGUACUUCAGACCCGAAGUGAUGGGGUAGGCGUGGCCAACAUCUAUGAUAGUGCCGAGAAAAUGGAUACCAGGUACAUGCACAGCAAGAUCGUGCAAGAGGCGCUCUUGAGCUCAUGUAGGCCCUUGUUCCUUCAACGCCCUAUCACAACACACCCAGCGGCACCUUCCAUGCGGGCAUCUGUUCACAGGGCGACAUCUUACCCACUACAGUAUGCAUCAGUAACUGCACAUGCGCUGGCGCCUACGGGCAUGGCGGCAGAUGUUGCACGUGACUCCUCUCUCUAUGGGUCUAUCAUAGCCGGCGGCGGGCACGUGCAAGGCCUGGUUACUUACACUAUCAUGGAUGACCUCACGAUCACCCCCAUGUCCAACAUAUCCGCGGUGGUGCUGAUAACCAAGCUCAAUAGGGAACAAAAGGACCUCGUGCUCGAGGAGAAGUCUGUGAAGAUUGGUAACAAAGAGGCGCUCGAUAUUCUCAAGGCUUCAAUGAAUUCCAAUACUGUCCUCACUGAUGUGUUCCUGUCUAACAACAAUACUGAUGUCUCCCUAUCCAAGAAUAAAAGGGCUCGUACAUCCAGUGGUGAGAAGAAACAAUAUAACAUCCCGGAUUUAUAUAUAUGAGUCAAGGUUGCACUAUGUUACCAUUUGGAGAAUAAGCGUAUGCACCGAACCAUGAUUGGUUAUAAAGAAUUUGUCAUUCUUGUAUUUGCGUGACCAAAGACUUGAAAGCGUAUACAUAUAUGUAUAUGUCCGUGGGAAAAAUAAUGCUAGCAACCAUUACCCAAGUUGAGCCUAUCAAAACCAUACAUGUUUCUUCGAGAUCUCUAGAGCCAUUCCCAUUUUGCAACAUAAAUUCAUCAAAUCGUCUAUGUCAUGUACACCACUAGUAUUCUUAUCACCUGGCACUAGUACAACUGUCAGACUACCA